UGAUGGAUUUAGUUUAGUCGUUACUUUCUAGUUGUGCUAAUCCCCCUCCGACUGAAGUGGGAUGAUUUUGAAGUGGGUUUUAUUGUGUGCUUUGGUUCUGUCGGUUUCGGCCGAUCGACCACAAUGGCGCAAACUGGAAGGAGAUUUGGAACCGGAGCCCGAAGUUGAGCUGUUUCAGGAAGUUAACGAAGCCUAUCGACUUCCUAAGAUAUCCGUUCCCUCCCACUACAAUCUCCAUCUGUGGACGGCGAUCCAUGAGAACAACCGCCAGUUUCAAGGAACGGUUGAGAUUUUCGUAAAUGUGCUGGAAUUGACAGAUACCAUUACCAUUCUCAACCGUCAGCUGUCGAUAUGGAAGGUUACUCUGUACUCGGUUACCGAAGAUGAUCAGAGCCCGAUCGAACUCGGAGCGCCCGAAUACGCAACAGAUUCUACAACGGAACACCUGUCAAUCAAACACAGUUCAGCACUGCAGCCCGGAAGCUACAUGGUCAAGGUCGAAUACUAUGGUGCUCUGCAGAACAACAAUAACCAGGGCUUCUUUGCGUCGUCCUAUCUGGAUGACGAUGGAAAUCGUCAUUACUUGGCGUCGAGCAAGUUCGAGCCAACUCACGCCAGAUCCGCAUUCCCGUGCUUCGAUGAACCGAAACUCAAAGCCACUUUUACGCUCUCGAUAACUCAUCACAAGGAAUACAACGCAGUCGCAAAUAUGCCUCAGGACGGAGCUCCAGUUCCAGACGUCGAUGACCCCAAUUACAUUACAACCAAGUUCCAGAAAUCGACCAAAAUGUCCACCUAUCUACUGGCUUUCGCCGUAUCCAACUUCCGUAUCCGGACCAGCGGUAUCCAUACUGUCUACGCUCGUCCGAACGUCUACGAAGAAACCGAAUACCCGCUGCAGGCGGGCGUAGACAUUCUAAACGCCCUGAGCGAUUACACCGGUGUUGACUACAUCAAGUACAUGCCCAAGAUGACGCAGAUUGCCAUCCCGGAUCGCGGAUCUGGUGCGAUGGAAAAUUGGGGUCUAGUCACGUACGGCGAGCCUGUCCUGUUAUUCAAUCCAUCGAUUAACACUUAUCGCACGAAGAAGAGUGUCGCAACAAUCAUAGCACACGAGUUCUCUCACCAAUGGUUUGGUAAUUUGGUCAGCCCGGACUGGUGGGACUACAUCUGGCUGAACGAAGGAUUCGCCACGGUGUACGAAUACUAUGCUGCUCAGUUGGCCUAUCCGGAAACUCACUACUGGGAUCUGUGGAAUGUUGAAGUGAUUCAUAAUGCCUUCGCGGCGGAUGCCCGCGAAACGGUCCGACCGAUGACCUGGAAUGCUGCCUCCCCGAGUGAGAUUGCCGGACUGUUCGAUACGGUAGCGUAUGAUAAAUCGGGCAGUGUUCUGAACAUGUUCCGCGUCGUCUUCCAAGAUGACAACUGGAGGGAAGGCUUGGUGUCCUACUUCAACAACAGAGAGCUGGACGGAGCAAUCGCCGACCAUCUAUACGAAGGACUGCAGCUUGCGGUAAAUGGAAAGGACGUCCUGCCAAGAUCGUUCAACGUCAAGGAUGUGAUGGAUUCGUGGACAACCGUUGCGGGAUUCCCAGUUUUAACAGUUAAGCGAGAUUACAAAACUGGCGAGAUCUAUGUGUCCCAAGAACGAUUCUACAGUGAUCGGCAACUACCCAACGAUCACGUUUAUCACGUCCCGUACAACUACGCUACCAAGUCCGCGGCCAACUUUGACACUCUAACCUUCGAGUGGUUAUCUACGAAGGCAGCUAAGCUAAUGACUACGGCAGCUGCCGGUGACUGGAUUAUCUUCAACAAGCAACAAACCGGUUACUACCGAGUUAACUAUGAUGCGCAAAAUUGGCAGUUGAUCAUCAACGCUCUCCAGGACAAUCCUUCCACAAUUCACGUGCAAAACCGUGCCCAGUUGAUCAACGAUGCCUACAAUCUGGCUCGAUCGGAACGUCUGGACCUGGCUGUACCUCUAGAGCUUAUGACCUACCUUAGACAGGAAACUGCUUACCCACCAUGGGCGGCUGCUAGCUCCGUCCUGACCUACUUCAAUAACAAGAUUCGUGGAACUCCAAAAUACCACAACUUCAUGAACUACACCACACACCUCGUGGAGACCAUCUAUUCUACCCUGUCGGUAGACUCCGUCUCCGAAAGCGAAACCGUGAUGGACAAGUACCUCAAGCAAACCAUCACUACGUGGGCCUGUCGUAUCGGAAAUCAGGACUGUCUAACCCGCACAGGAAAUGCACUGAGACAAGCCGUCGAAAGCAACACUCCAAUCCAUCCGGACAUUGCCAGUGUAGUCUAUUGUUACGGUCUGCAUACCACCACGAACAAAGAAUUCGUGUGGAUGUUCGAACGCCUGCUUGCUUCCAAGAACCAAGCCGAACGGGCACUUCUGAUCGACUCGCUGGGCUGCUCUCAGAAUAAGGAAUUCCUCUAUUCUUUCCUCAUGACCUCGAUUGGCAAUGGAGCUACAUUUAACUUUUUGGCAACCGAACGAACCCGCAUCGUUUCAUCUGUCUACUCUGCGUCGCGAGUUGGAGUCGAUGCAACGAUCGAGUUCUUAGCCGACGAAACCAUGAUCGACGAAUUCAUCAGUCGUCUGGGUCAAAGCACACUGAACAAUGCCGUGUCGAACAUUGCUUCCCGGACCAACAACGUCGUCGAGGAGGAUCAACUUAAUACCCUUUUGGCCGCACUGGGCGACAAAAUCUCUGUCAACACGGCCAACUCCGCUAGAACCACGGUGGCGAACAACUUUGCCUGGUUCCACUCGUUGGAGGGACUCGUGGCGGACGAAUUUUUCGGACACUACCUAAAUUAAGACUCCUGUUCGACAGUGUAGGCUUUAUUUUUCCUUCAGAAUACACUAAACAUUAGUACUAAAAACUUAUCGAACUAUAAAAAAAAAUCAAUGCAA